UCGAUCGGUACGGAACCUUGCACGUCACAAUUAGUUUAAUGUAGUAUUAGCUCUCGGACCCAGAUGGCGUUGUAAUCCCGCAGUACGAUACCCGAUCGAAUUUCAACGUCAGAAAUGUAAGAAAAUGGCGAGAAUAACGUGUACCCCGGGUGAUUUAAUUCAAUGGGAUUCUGCUGAAAAUUGUCUGGCACCGUUAACAGAUUUACAAAAAGAUUAUUUGCAAAAACUGGAACAAGAAUUUUCUUCUCUCGACACUUCAACACACGAAGAUACUAGCGAAAAUAGUGAACAUUUAAAUCAGAAUAAAUGUGAUAACAUAACGCAAAUUGAACGAUGUCAAGAUGUUCUAGAAUAUUAUACGAAAUUAGAAAGGGAAUAUAUGUCUUCUGAGAACUUGAAAUAUAUGUUAUAUCUGAACGAUCUUAAAACUCGUCGACAAGAAUGUCAAGAACUUUGUGAGCUGAUCAAGGAUACCUUGGAAGAUUUCUCUAUUCUAUUUAAACAAUAUGCUGAAGUAUCUGAUAAAACAUCCUCCUUGCACAGUGCUAGCGAAGAACUUAUCUCAGAUCAAAAGCAAUUAAAUUCUAUGGUAGAAAGUAUUGCUGAGUAUGUAAAGUACUUUAAAGAAGUAGAUGUAAUAAUGGAAAAAUUAGAAGCUUCUACUUUAUCCGUAAACAGUGAUAUGUUUUUUAAUAUAAUAGACAAAGUAGAUGUUAAUAUGGAUGCUUUACAAACAAAUAACACUUUCAAAGAAAGUGCUACUUAUUUGGUUAAAUAUAGACAUUGUCAAUCCAAGAUUAUAACCUUGAUACAAAAUUAUAUUUUUAAUUUAUUUUCAAAAACUACAGAAAGCAUUUUAAAUUUCAAUGAAACUGAAGGUAUACAAGAAAAUAUGGAUGCUGCUUUGGCAUUAUUUUACGGGAGAUUUCAAACUAUUGUUUCAAAAGCAAAACCUAUCAUAGAACAAGUAGAAACAAAAUCUGUGAAAAGACAAGAAUAUAAUAACUUAUUAUUAGAAUGUCAUCAAUAUUAUUGGAGUCAAAGAGGUUUAGUAUUAGGUCCCAGCAUUCAAAAAUCUUUAUCUGCCAUAAAGGACAGAUACAAUGGAGAUCAUUGUAGUUUAGUCAGACAUUCGUGUGCCUUGCUUUUACAUGCAUCGGUUGACGAAUACAGAUUGUUUUAUGAAUUCUUUUCUAAGCCAUCUACAGGCCUAACAACAUUUCUUGAAAGUCUUUGUACCUCUUUAUAUGACACUAUAAGACCAUUUAUAAUUCAUAUAAAUCAUUUAGAAACUCUGGCAGAAAUCUGUUGUAUUUUAAGGAUAGAAAUGUUGGAUGAACACGUGCAAAAUAAUUUUGAGCCAUUAGAAGGCUUUGGAAAUAUCUGCUUGCAACUUUUACAUGACGUACAAGAGAGACUUGUUUUCCGUGCACAACUGUAUUUACAAUCGGAUGUAUUAAAUUAUAAUCCGUCACCUGGUGAUUUAGCAUAUCCAGAAAAAUUAAAAAUGAUGGAGGACAUAGCAGAAUCCAUAAGAGAAGAAACACGUCAAUCAAGAAUGAAGAGAAUAUCCGUAUCGUCUAAUGAUAGUAAUAUUCUAGAACCAGUAUCAAGAAAUCAUAUUAUAAUGGAUUCUAUUUAUCAAAAAUCACACAUGGGUAGUUCACCAGCAGAUUUACAUGGAAUGUGGUACCCUACAGUUCGUAGAACUCUGGUUUGCUUGUCAAGACUCUAUAGAUGCGUAGACAGAUCUGUCUUUCAAUCGCUUAGUCAAGAAGCUAUAUCUCUUUGUGUCCAAAGUAUAGAGAAAGCAAGAAAUGAAAUUGAACUUAGAGCUUCUACAUUGGAUGCUGAAUUAUUUCAAAUUAAACACUUACUAAUAUUACGUGAACAAAUCGCCCCGUUUCAAGUAGACUUCACCAUCAAGGAAUACAGUUUGGAUUUUUCGAGAGUAAAGAUGGCAGCUUUUGGAUUGCUGGAGAAAAGUUCAAAACUUUUCACUUUGUCGAACAACGCCUUGUUGGAAUUUCUAUUGGAAGGUGCACCUAAAAUGAAAGAACAAUUAAUUGAUUCUCGUAAAGAAGUUGAUAAUAACCUAAAACACGCGUGUCAGAGAUUAAUACAACAUGCUACAUAUGUAUUGAUAAAUCCCGUUAUGCAGUUAUUAGAAAAGGAAAAAGUAUAUUCUAGUAAUACCGACGCAAAUACAAAACAAAAGAUAUUUGGGACUGCUCAAGAAGUAAAUACCAUUGUUGCGGAUGUUUUACGAACAAUUAAAUUUAAGCUUCCAAAUAUUCAACAAUCGAUGCAAUUAUAUUUAGCUAACAAAGAAACAGAAUUUAUUUUAUUAAGACCGAUAAAAAAUAAUAUUAGUGCUGCAUUUGCGCAAUUAUAUCAAUUAUUAAGCAAGUACUAUACUUCGGAAGAACUUUUAUUAAUUGCUUGUCCGUUGCCGGAACAAAUUUCUGUUAUAUUAAGUUCGUCCAGUCUUGUUCAAAAUAAAUCGAUACAAUCAGAAAAUAAAAAUUCGCAAGAUAAGGAAGAACUUUAGUAAAAGAGGAACGAAUGAAAUUGUUAUACAGACGAUUGUAAAUAUAUACAUGUAUGUAAACAAAACUCUUUGUAACGAUCUAAUUUAACAUGUAUAUAAAUUAAUAUUUUUCAUUGCAUAUUCAAGUAAAAAAGGUCCAGUAUUUAAAGUGCAAUGUAAAAUGAAAUAAUUGUAUAUCAAAAAUUUUAUAUGUAUAUAGAUGUAUCUAAACUAAAUAUAGUACGAUUUUUAUAUUGAUUACGAUAUGAAACAAUAUAAAGUACUGUGAAACCAAAUAUAAAUUUGUAUAAGUUUA